AUGUCACGUUUAAUUAGAUAUAAUAAUUGUAAUAAAAAUGGAUUAUUAAAUAUAUAUAAAACUGGUGUAUUAUCAACAUCAACAACAACAAAAUCACAAUUAUUUAUAAAUAGUAAUAACAAUAAUAGUAAUAGUAAUAUAAUAGAGGUUCAUAAAUCAAGAUAUUGCACUUUAUCAACAUCAACUAAACCAGCAUCAGAGGACAAACCAAAUUUAAUUGGAACCAUUUCAAAUAUUUUUGAUAAAGUUAAAAAGAAAUCAUUUAUAAUUGAUAAUUAUUUUGAUCAACAACCAAUACAUACAUAUAAUCAUAUCGAAACACCAUUAUCAAUUAAAUUAAAUAAUAAUGUUGUUGAACCAUUAAAAAUUUUAGAUCCAUUAAAUAUAUUAGGUAAAAAGAAAUCAAAUGAGUUAUUUAAAAUAGUCGAAAGUGAUCUUUCUCAAGUUACAAGAAACAUUUUAGAUACACUUUCAGUUGGUGCAGGUGCCUCAAGUGACUAUGCCCCAUAUUUAUCAAAAAAAACAAGUCCAGUUUUAGUUUCAAUGUCAAAAUAUUACUUUGAAUUAAAAGGUAAAAGAAUUAGACCAACUAUAGUUUUAUUAUUAUCAAAAGCAUUAUCAGCAAAUGUACAAAAAACACAAAUUAAAUUAGCAGAGGUUGUUGAAAUGAUUCAUACAGCAAGUUUAGUUCACGAUGAUGUUAUUGAUGAGGCCUCAACCAGAAGAGAUGUUCUUUCAAUUAAUCAAUCUUACUCCAAUAAAUUAGCAAUUCUUUGUGGUGACUUUUUAUUAGCUAGAGCUUCUCUUAUUUUAUCAACUAUCAGAAAUUCUGAUGUUACAGAAUGCAUGUCAUUGGCUCUUGCUGAAUUGGUUGAAGGUGAAUUUAUGCAAGCAAAAUCAAGUGGUGUUUCUUCAUUCGAUCACUACCUUAAAAAAACUUAUCUUAAAACUGGUUCUUUAAUAACAAACAGUUGUAGAUCUGCCGCUAUCCUUUCUGGUGCCGAUCAAAACAUUGUAAAUAUUUCAACUGAAUUUGGUAAAAAUUUAGGUUUAGCUUUUCAAAUUAUCGACGAUUUAUUAGAUUAUACAGGCUCAGCUGAACAAUGUGGUAAAGCUGUUUCAGUCGAUUUAAAUUUAGGUUUGGCUACAGCACCAGUUUUAUUUGCAACUCAAGAGUUUCCACAAUUAGAAGAUUUAAUUAAAAGAAAAUUCUCUAAAGAAGGAGAUGUUGAAGAAGCUAAAAGAUUAGUUGCCCAAAGUCAAGGAAUUGAAAAAACUAGAAAUUUAGCUAUUGAAUAUGUUAAUUUAGCCAUCGAAUCUUUACUUAAAUUGCCACAAUCUGAUUCAAGAGAUUUAUUAAUUGCUUUAUCACAUACAGUUGUUACAAGAACUAAAUAA